AUGAGAUCUUGGAUAGAGGAUAGUAAUUGUUGCUCAUGGGAUGGAGUCACAUGUAACAAUGUGACGGGUCAUGUAAUUGGCCUCGACCUUAGUUGCAGCUGGCUUCAUGGCAUAAUCCCUUCCAACAACACCCUCUUCUCCCUUCCUCACAUUCAAAUUCUCAACCUCUCUUUCAAUGAUUUUGAUCGCUCUCAAAUCCUUUCUGACAUUAAUCGAUUUCCGAAAUUGACAACUCUUAAUCUCUCUAGCUCAAACUUCAGUGGUCAAAUUCCAUAUGAAAUCUCACACUUGUCCAAAUUAGUUUCACUUGACCUCUCUGGGAAUCAAGCUCUGAGACUUGAAACAACAGUUUUGGAAGGGCUAGUUCAAAAUGUUACCAAAUUAAAAGAACUCUUUCUUGAUUCGGUCGAUAUGUCCACUAUCAUCCUACCUGGCUCUUUGAUGAAUCUAUCUUCUUUUUUGACAUCUCUGAGUCUCAAUUACUGUGGUUUAAAAGGGAGCAUCCCGGAUAAUAUUUUUCGCCUACCAAACUUACAGUUUCUCAGUUUAUGGGAUAACUUCAGGCUUACAGUUGCAUUUCCAAAGGGUAAUUGGAGCAGUCCCCUCAGGUUUUUGUAUAUGUCUGGCAUGAUUUUGUCAGAAGAAUUACCGGAUUCUAUUGGUGGCCUGAGAUCCUUGAGGCAACUGAGUCUCCACAACUGCAGUUUGAUGAGGUCAGUUCCUAUACAACUCGGUAACCUUACAGAACUCACAGUUUUGGACCUCUCAGAUAACCAUUUUAGUGGUCACAUUCCGUCAUCUCUUUCAAACCUCCCUCAACUUCAUCAUUUAGAUCUUUCAUCCAAUAAUUUCAGUGGCGAAAUUCCGAAUAUUUUUACCAACUUAUCACAACUUUCUUUUUUAUCCUGCACAAACAAUCGGUUGGUUGGUCCAAUUCCUUCUCACGUAAGUGAGGUUCGAAAUUUGGCCUUUAUUUAUUUACAUGGGAACUCACUUAAUGGGACAAUACCCUCUUGGCUAUCUACUUUACCAUUGUUACAGGAUAUCAAUCUCAGCAAUAACCAGCUGAAUGGGAACAUUCCUGAAUUUCAAAGCAAUUCAUUGCAAACCCUUUACUUGAGGAACAAUAGUCUUGAUGGAUCAAUUCCGAGUUCAAUCUUUGAACUUCCUCAUCUCACAGAACUUGAGCUUUCUUUAAACAAUUUAAGCGGAGUUGUAGAGCUUAACACGUUUUCAAAGCUUAAAAACCUCCGAUUGCUUGAUCUUUCUGACAACAGUUUCUCACUGAACACCACAACCAUAGCCAACUCUUCUUUUCCCAAGCUUCGGUAUCUGUUUUUAUCUGCCUGCAACGUAACUGAGUUCCCAGAUAUAUUAAGAACACAAGACCAGUUGAUUCACCUUGACCUUUCUAAAAACAAAAUUCAUGGCCAGGUUCCCAACUGGAUAUGGUACACUGGGAAGAAUACUCUGAGAUUUCUGCAUCUUUAUCAGAACUUCUUGACAGGCAUAGACCAUCUUCCCUGGAAAAAUCUUCAGUUUCUCGACUUGCGUUCUAAUUUGUUUAAGGGACCACUUCCUGUUCCACCACCUUUCAUGAAAUUCAUUUUUAUGUCAAACAAUAGUUUUUCUGGAGAGAUUCCUCGAGUGAUUUGCAAUUUAAAAAUCCUCGAAAUUCUUGAUCUUUCCAGUAACAACUUGAGUGGCACCAUUCCAAAAUGCAUGGGAAAAUUUAGCCGUCUUCAUGUGAUGGACCUACGGAAAAAUAGGUUUUAUGGUCCCAUUCCUGAAACAUUCGGAAAGGGCAAUAAUUUCAGGACCCUUAACUUCAACGACAAUGCCUUGGAAGGAUCAGUCUCUCGAUCUUUGCUAAAUUGUACUAUGCUUGAAGUUUUAGAUCUUGGAAAUAACAAGAUAAACGACAUCUUUCCACAUUGGCUGGAAAAUCUUCCGAAGUUACAGGUUCUUGUUCUUCGUUCCAAUAAAUUUUAUGGUGAUGUAUGGAGUUCUGGCAAGGUAAACCAUUCAUUUAGCAAGUUGAGAAUCUUUGAUCUUUCAAACAACAAUUUUACUGGUUCUUUGCCGGUAAGGUCUUUGGCGAAUAUGAAAGCUAUGAUGAGCAUUGAUGAAGCUGAGCAGCAUCUGGAAUAUAUGGGGGAAAAAUAUUAUCAAGACUCGGUCGUGGUGACGUUAAAAGGGUCUGAGAUUCAAUUACAGAAAAUUCUUACUACUUUCACUACCAUUGAUUUUUCAAACAAUAACUUCAAUGGAGACAUUCCAAAAUUUAUUGGAAACUUCCAAGCACUUCGGCUCCUUAAUCUUUCUCGAAAUAAUUUGAUGGGUUGUAUCCCAUCAUUGCUUGGAAAUUUAACAAACCUUGAAUCCUUAGACCUCUCUGUAAAUAAGCUUGCUGGAGAAAUUCCAUGGCAGUUGACAAAUUUAAAUUUCCUUCAGGUUUUAAACCUAUCGGAAAACCAACUUGUGGGACUUAUACCUCAAGAUAACCACUUUUCUACCUUUUCAAAUGAUUCAUAUAGUGGAAAUUGGGGGUUGUGUGGAUUUCCCUUGUCAAAGAAAUGUAGCAAUGGAGAUGGACAGAAACCAGACGGAAUGAUCUCCCAUGACCGAGACAAUAUCUUAAGUUGGGUUGAUUGGCACAUCAUUCUUAUGGGUUAUGGAUGUGGAUUGGGUAUUGGCUUUUCUAUUGGAUAUAUUGUGUUUUCAACAGGAAAGCCAAAAAGGUUAGUAAGAAUCAUCGAGAAAGAGAAGGCUUAA